UAUCUCCCUCCUGUUACGGUUAACCAUACAGACCGUAGUUUGUAUAAAUAAGUGCCUCAGGCUGCCGUGCCCCAUUAUUCAAUGUGCGCUACUAUGAGGGGACUGGUUAUUCUAUCCGUCCUGACAGUGUGUGCACUGAACUGUGCCAGUGUGCCAACGCGGGACACCAGUGGACGCCACUGGAGCUGCGAUGAGAACGAAAAAGAGCCAGGGGCGAGGUUGGCCAUGCUCAGCAUCAACAACAAACAUUUCCAUGGAUACAAGUUCCAGCUCAGUAACAUAACCUCCAGCACAGUGGAGAAGGGUCAAUCUGACUGUAAAUUGCACCUGGAACUGGACCUCCAGGAAACAACCUGUCACAUCAUCAACCCAAAAUCUUUUGAAGAGUGUGACAUCCGUAAAUAUUAUGAAACGCAAGUGAAUGCCCACUGCAAUGUGACCCUGAGCAUCACAGAAGGCAUUACAGAGGUCUCUAAACACUCCUGCAACACUGAACCAGUUUCUCCUGAGAAGAUCGUCAGAAUGUGUCCGGACUGCCCCACUCUGCUGCCCCUGCAUAGCCCCGAGGGCCUAGAGAGUGUGAAGGCAGGCCUCAGGCAGUUCAACAUGGACCAUAACUACACCUCCUACUUCAAACUGAUGGAAGUAGGGAGGAUAACAUCUGGGUACAUGAUGAUGACUGGAAUGUACUACAACGCUGAGUUGGCCAUCGUGGAGACUGAGUGUAAUGCCAAGAGCAGGAUAGAUACACAGGCCUGCAAGCCACUGUGCCCCGAUAAAGCUCGCCAUGGGCUCUGUAAAUCCACACUGCUGGGGAAUGGCCAGGUGGAUGUCGACUGUGAGAUCUAUGAAGCUCUUAACGCCAGUUCUCCCCGUACCCCUGGAAGGGAGUGUGGACACCCACCACACCGCUCCGGACACCACAUCCAUCCUGGCAUCAAACAUCACCUCCCUCCCUGGGUACAGAAGCCAGGCAAACCAGGCCCACUACCAGGUUUCCCAGAACGCCCUGGUGGCCCACCUCCAGGCGACGAAGUUCCACCCCCUGGUCCCCAUAACCCACCCCCUGGUCCCCAUGGAGAGUUCCCCUUCCCCCACUGCCACGGCUUUGUGAAAAUCCCCCCCUCUAUCCACCCUCUUUGCCCCUUCCCACCCCCCCAUCACCCCCACCCAUAUCCUCGCCCCCAUGGCCAUGGGCCACCCCCAAGGCACUCUCUACCACCCCACCCUACACACGUUCUGGGCGAGGGUCAUCCCCCACAUGUCAAGGCAUAAUGUCAGUAUUCCGAUAACAUUUCUAAAUGGAGGAUGGCUGAAAUCAGGUUGACGUACACAUAUUCAUAAGUAGUUUUGCCACCAUGGUUGAAAUAAUGCCAAUAAUAAGUACAGUAACUAUGUACUUUACUGCAAAUUAAAUGAUCUGUUGUCUUUUCUGGCUUCUACUGCAGUCAUGGCAUUUCAGCUACGGAUUCUCUCUGUUAAAACCAGCUUGAGUCUGUGACAUUCUUGGAUGACAUUUUUUUUAUUUUUUAUUAAUAAACUACUUAGUGACA